AUGAGACAAUUUGUGAAGUACGGUCGACUGAAACAAUUUGCUUUACGGGCACUAGCAAGCACACUCGAUGAAGAGGAACUUGCUGACCUCAAGGAUCAAUUUGCUGCAAUUGAUGUAGAUAAAAAUGGUUCUAUUAGUCUUGAAGAAAUGAAAGAGCUACUCUUCAUGUGCAUCGAAUGGAGGAACAUGACUCAGAGAAGUGGCAGCUGCGGUCACAGGCCACUUUUUGAAAUAUUUGACAUUGAUCGUGAUGGUUAUAUAACCCCAGAAGAACUUCGACUGACAGGUUUGAAAGGCUCCCUCGGUCCUCUGCUAGAGGAAGCCAACGUCGACAAAGAUGGGAAAAUAAGUUUAUCGGAGUUCAGAAGGCUGUUAAGAACUGCAAGCAUGGGCUCUCAAAACUUGCCGAGCCCAUCUGGUUAUUGGAAUUUGAGGAAGAUAUAG